GUGCCACUUGAGACAGUGGUAGUGCUUUCAGAUGUAUCACUUGUAGCAGUGUAUGUGCUUUCAGGUGUGCCACUUGAGACAGUGGUAGUGCUUUCAGAUGUAUCACUUGUAGCAGUGGUUGUGCUUCCACGUGUACCACUUGAGGUAGUGGUUGUGCUUUUAGAUGUAUCACUUGUAGCAGUAUAUGUGCUUUCAGGUGUGCCACUUGAGACAGUGGUUGUGCUUUCAGAUGUAUCACUUGUAACAGUGGUUGUGCUUCCACGUGUACCACUUGAGGUAGUGAUUGUGCUUUUAGAUGUAUCACUUGUAGCAGUGGUUGUGCUUUCAGAUGUAUCACUUGUAGCAGUGGUCGUGCUUUCAGAAGUAUCACUUGCAGCAGUGGUUGUGCUUCCACGUGUAUCACUUGAGGUGGUGGUUGUGCUUUUAGAUGUAUCACUUGUAGCAGUGAUUGUGCUUUCAGUAACACUACUUGUAGCAGUGGCUGUGAUUGCAGAUACACCACUUGAGGUAGUGGCUGCGCUUUUAGAUGUAUCACUUGAGGCCAUGGUUGUGCUUCCAAUAACACUUGUAGCGGAAACGGUGUCUACAGAUGUACUUAAAGCAGGGUUUGUUGUUUCGGUAGUAACUGUAACUGUUGUAAUAGCUGCUGUGAGUCCUGUUGUAAUCGCACUAGAUGUGCUUCCACUGAUAAAAGGCGUCGCAGUUGAUGUAUUUUCCGUCAUAUCACUUGUAGGUGUCGAUGUGCCUUUAGAAAAUCUAGUCGUAAUUGCUGAUGUGUUUCUUGUUACGUCUGUAAGAGUAGAUGCGCUUUUUGAAGUGCCAAUUGUAGCAGCGGAGGAAUCAGAGGUAUAUGAUGAUGUUGUUCUGACAGAAGUCGGUAUGACGGUUGAUGCGACUGCAGGACUUGUGUUAAUCGAGGAACUUGAUGUCUCUAUUUUAGGAGUAAGCGUAGCUGGCGAUGGUGCAUUAGUAGUCGAAGGAAGAUUUUUUGAUGGCAACAUUGUACUUGUAGAAACCUGGGAAUCUGUGGUUGUGAUGGCAAUCGUAGGAUAUGUAAGAGAAACUGGUGCUGCUGUGGAUAUACUCGAUCGCGGUGAAACACUUGAACUUGAAGGACGAAUUUUUGUGGUUGAUGCUACUGAUGUGUAA